GCGGGAGUGCGAGUGCGCGUGCGCGGGGCCGGCGGCGAGGGGCAGGAAUGGCAUCCAGCGCCAAGUCGUUCCUGGCCGAUGCGGGCUAUGGAGAGCAGGAGCUGGACGCCAACUCCGCACUGAUGGAGCUGGACAAAGGCCUCAGGUCUGGGAAACUGGGGGAGCAGUGCGAAGCCGUCGUUCGUUUUCCCAGGCUCUUCCAGAAAUAUCCCUUCCCUAUUCUCAUCAAUUCGGCGUUCCUAAAGCUGGCUGAUGUCUUUAGAGUGGGGUAAGUGCCAUCGGAACAACUUCUUGAGGUUGUGUGUGCUGAAAGUUACUCAACAGAGUGAGAAGCACUUGGAGAAGAUCCUAAAUGUGGAUGAAUUUGUCAAAAGAGUUUUCUCAGUAAUUCAUAGCAAUGAUCCAGUUGCUCGGGCUAUUACACUCCGGAUGUUGGGCAGCAUGGCAUCUAUUAUUCCAGAAAGGAAGAAUGCACAUCACAGUAUCCGUCAGAGUUUGGAUUCCCAUGAUAAUGUGGAAGUGGAAGCUGCUAUAUUUGCUGCUGCCAACUUUUCUGCACAGUCUAAGGAUUUUGCUGUCGGAAUAUGUAAUAAAAUCAGUGAGAUGAUUCAAGGUUUGGCCACACCCGUGGAUUUGAAGUUGAAGUUGAUCCCUAUUCUGCAGCACAUGCAUCAUGAUGCCAGCUUGGCCUCCAGCUCCCGGCAGCUGCUCCAGCAGCUGGUGACAUCCUACCCCUCUACCAAGAUGGUCAUUGUUACUCUGCACACCUUUACUCUGCUUGCUGCUUCUUCUUUGGUUGACAUUCCUAAGCAGAUCCAACUUUUGUUGCAGUACUUGAAAAAUGACCCCAGGAAGGCUGUGAAGAGGCUUGCGAUCCAGGAUUUGAAGUUGCUGGCCAACAAGACACCACAUACAUGGAGCAGAGAAAAUAUUCAGGCACUCUGUGAAUCUGCUCUUCACACUCCUUAUGACAGCUUGAAAAUGGGCAUGUUAUCUGUUCUUUCCACAUUAUCUGGGACCAUUGCCAUUAAACAGUACUUCAGCAGUGCUCCAGGAACAGCAGCUACAACUGCAAGAUCAUUUGAUUUAGUAAAACUAGCGCAGGAGUGCUGUUAUCAUACUAACCGUGGCAUUGCAGCUCAUGGUGUGAGAAUUCUGACUAAUAUAUCAGCCUCUUGUCAGGACAAAGAUCUUUUGCCUUUGGAGCAAGAUGCAGUUUUUGGCUUAGAAGCUCUUCUUGUUCUUUGUAGUCAAGAUGACAGUCCAGGAGCUCAAGCAACCUUAAAGAUCACGUUAACUUGUAUGGUGAAGCUGGUCAAGUGCCGUCCUCACCUGAGCCAGUCGGUGGUUGAAUCCCUGCUGACGCAGCUGCAGAGUGCCCAGGACAAUGCCAGGAUUCUCAUGUGCCACUGUUUAGCAGCUAUUGCCAUGCAGCUGCCUGUCCUAGCAGAUGGGAUCCUAGGAGACCUAAUGGACCUCUAUAAAUUGAUUGGACAGUCUGCCACAGAUAAGAAACAGGAACUUUUGGUUUCUCUUGCCACAGUGAUAUUUGUUUCCAGUCAGAAAGCUUUGUCCACAGAAAUCAAAACUGUUAUCAAACAGCAGCUUGAGAACGCCUCCAAUGGAUGGACAGCCUACAGGAUAGCCAGGCAGGCUUCCAGAAUGGGCAACCAUGACAUGGCCAGAGAACUGUAUCAAAGCCUGCUGACUCAAGUAGCUUCAGAACACUUCUACUUCUGGCUGAACAGCUUGAAGGAGUUCUCCCAUGCAGAACAGUGUCUGACAGGUUUGCAGGAAGACAACUACAGCUCAGCACUUUCUUGCAUUGCUGAAGCUUUAAAGUCCUAUCACAAAGGAAUAGCAUCACUGACGGCUGCUAGUACUCCACUUAAUCCUCUGAGCUUUCAGUGUGGAUUUGUGAAACUCAGGAUUGACCUUCUGCAAGCUUUUUCUCAACUUAUUUGUACCUGCAACAGCCUAAAAACAAGCCCACCACCAGCUAUUGCCACAACGAUUGCUAUGACAUCAGGAAAUGAUCUCCAAAGGUGUGGACGCAUCUCUAACCAGAUGAAACACUCAAUGGAGGAAUUCCGAAACUUGGCUACACGGUAUGGAGAUCUGUAUCAGUCAUCUUUUGAUGCAGACUCUGCAACUCUAAGGAAUGUAGAACUACAACAGCAGAGCUGCCUUUUGAUUUCACAUGCAAUAGAAGCUCUGAUUUUGGAUCCAGAAUCUGCAAGUUUUCAGGAAUAUAGCUCAAAUGGAACAGCUCAUGUUGAAAGUGAAUAUGAAAGAAGAAUGAUGUCUGUAUUUAAUCAUGUACUAGAGGAGGUGGAAUCCCUCAACAGGAAGUAUGCUCCUGUGUCUUACCUGCAUACAGCUUGUCUGUGCAAUGCUGUCAUUGCCUUGUUGAAGGUGCCCCUUUCAUUUCAAAGGUACUUUUUCCAAAAGCUGCAGUCUACAAGUAUCAAACUUGCUCUGUCCCCAUCUCCAAGGAACCCAGCAGAACCAAUAGCAGUACAGAACAAUCAGCAAUUGGCCCUAAAGGUGGAAGGAGUGGUUCAGCAUGGAUCUAAACCAGGCCUUUUCCGCAAAAUCCAAUCGGUCUGUCUAAAUGUCUCUUCAGUGCUGCAGAGCAAAUCUGGACAAGACUAUAAGAUUCCUAUUGACAACAUGACCAAUGAAAUGGAGCAGAGGGUGGAACCACACAACGACUACUUCAGCACUCAGUUUCUGUUAAACUUUGUGAUACUUGGCACCCACAACAUCACAGUAGAGUCCUCUGUAAUAGAUUCAAAUGGUAUUGUCUGGAAAACCGGGCCUAAAACAACUAUUUUUGUUAAAUCUCUUGAGGAUCCGUACUCCCAGCAGGUCCGUCUCCAGCAACAGCAAGGACAGCCGCCGUCCCAGCAGCAACAGCAAAGAACUGCAUACUCACGAUUUUAAUCCCCAGAAGUGACUGGUCAGCUGGUAUUGCAGUUUUUCUUGGAAAUUUUUUUUUUUUUUUUUGGAAGACCUACAAUUAUAACCUUCUCCUAGAAAGCCCCAGAUGCCAAUUUGUUGCUUUUUAAAUUAUCUGGGGUAAAUUUGAACUCGAUUCAGCAGAGGCAGCUGUUCAUAUUUGGAGUUGUGCUCUUACUAUAAGAACUUCUACCUGAUCUCUUAACUUCUGUUUACAAACCUGUUCCAGCAGGCUCCACAAACUAUGAUAGCAGGGGGCACUUAAGAGCUUCUUUGACUGUGUACUUUCUGUGCUGUCAUUUUUUGAAGUACAUAGGUUCUAAUGUUAGGCUUACAGAACAUCAGUAAACACUUUGGCUAGUUAUACAGAACUGAGUGUAAUACCAAGGUUGUAUCUUUUAAUGUGAAGGAAUAGGCAGGAAUAUCCAGAGACUUUUAUUUCUGACAUUUCAAUAGCAGCUUCCAGUAUUUGACUGUUGUAUGUGUAUUAUUACAAUUCAUCAGCACUACUUAAUGCAUGCAUCUGGAAGAAAAAAAUUUGUAGCUCACUUCUCAUACCCAGUCAUUGAAGAGGGAGGAGACUGCUUGAGGUGUUGCUGUCUGGAGAGGUCUGCAAGAGGCAGAGUUUUACAGGUGGGAACAGUGACUGUUUCUGAGAUGAUAGAGAAAAUAUUACUACAUUGUUUUUAGAUUUUCAUGCAUCUAUAUUUCUGAAGCCUUUCAUUUAGGUGGGGAGGGGGUAUUCUUUUAAGAGGGAAAUUAACUGGCAAGUGGUCAUUCAUUUUAACUGCUUUGUUUUUUAAAAGGAAUCUUCUAUACCAAAGCCUUGUCAUCUUGUGUACUCUUUGACCAAUUUGCUAAUCUUAAUUGUUACUUUUGCACUUGACUUGAAAGAGGUUUUUGCCACUACUAGAAAUUGAUUCACAAUAAUUUUGGAAAUACACUGCUUCGUACAUAGUUUUCAUGUUGAAACUCUGUCUGUCUUCAGACUCACAGGCAAUAGAUCACAUAACAUGACCUUCACCUGGUCCUCAUAAAUAAUCUCUGCUUUUCGAUCAGCAGAAAAGUAGAACCCACUUGAGUGAAGAGGAGGAGGGAUGGCACUUCUUAUAGACUUCACUUAGUAAAUUGUUGGAUCCCCCUCAUUGCAGCAGAAAUUUUCAUUGUUAUUUUCUCGAUAAAUUCCUAAGAUAUUUGUUAUAUGUUAUUUGUUCAAAUUGACUACACUGUAGAAGCUGGCUGGAGCUUAGAGAUUUUGCCUGCUUUAUAUUCAGAGAAUAUAAUAAUGAAUUUUGUAAGCUAGGGUUUCCUUGGCAUAGUUGAAUGUAGAAUUUUUUUCUGUGUUUUCCCAUAGUAGUUACCUAAGAAAUCAACUUUCUUCCUUUUGGCUUGAGACUAACCAAAAAAAUUAAAAUGGAAGGGAUCACACUAGAUGUCAUAAUAUCUUGGUCAGGCUGUAAUCAUAACUAGAAAAGAUAAUUGAGAUGCAAGGUUGAAAUAGAAGACUCACAAAGUUGGUGAAAAAUUCACCAGCAUCGUUCUUAAAUCUGAUUUUUAUUUUGGGCAGGAGGCAGAAACUACCACUGCCUUUCAGGCUGACUGGGGAAAGUGGUGGUUUCUGUCCCCACUUUUGUGGCUCUAUGCCUAUAGUUUUGUGUGUGUGUGUAUACAUAUACCUGUGUAUGCACACAUACGUACAUGUAACAUCUAACAUCUUCAUAAAUUACUUGGAUGCAGAACUGGAGGAGAUACUAAGGAAGUUUGCAGAUGACACAAAACUCAGAGGAGCUGUUGACUCCCUCAAAGACGGGGAGGUCCUGCAGAGAGACCUCGACAAAUGAGAGGACUGGGCAGUCACCAACUGUAUGAAUUUCAACAAGGAAAAGUGCUGGAUUCUACACCUGCGAUGGGGCAACCCUGGAUGUUUGUACAGGUUAGGGAAUGGAAAGGGACUUGGGGAAUAUGAGUCAGCAGUGCCCUGGCAGCCAGGAGGGCCAACCAUGUCCUGGGAGGCAUCAGGCAAAGCAUCACCAGCUGGUCGAGGGAGGGGAUUGUUCUGCUCUGCUCUGCACUGGUGUGGCCCCAUCUUGAAUAUUGUGUGCAGAUUUGGGCACCACAAUGUAAGAAGGAUAUUAAGCUAUUGGAGAGCGUCUGGAGGAGGGCAUUGAAGGUGGUGAAGGGCCUUGAGGGGAAACCAUGUGGGGAGUGGCUGAGGUCGCUUCUUCUGUUCAGCCUGGAGGAAAUUGAGGGGAGACCUCACUGCAGUCACAACUUCCUUGUGAUCUCUUCUCUGUGGUGACCAGUGACAGGACCCGAGGGAAUGGCCUGAAGUUGUAUCAGGAGAGGUUUAGAAUGGAUAUUAGAAAAAGGUUCUUCCCCCAGAGGGUGGUUGGAUGCUGGAACAGGCUCCCCAGGGAAGUGAUCACAGCACCAAACCUGACAGAGCUUAAGAAGUGUUUGGACAAUACUGUCAGAUACAUGGUGUGACUCUUGGGGAUGGUCCUGUGCAGGGCUAGGGUUUGGAGUCAAUGAUCCCUGUGGGUCCCUUCCAACUUGGCAUAUUCUGUGAUUGUAUAGCUACAUCUAGUUGGAUGGUCCAGAAAGAGAGAUUCACCUGGUGUUUGUGUAUGCAGUCUGUCAGAUUGAAGAUCUGAACUUUUUGUGGUUAGUUGGGUUUUUUCAUUAAAGCUGUAGAUCAGUGUCUUAACCACAAAAUCCUCAGUAUUGUAAUGCAAAAAAACCCGAAAACCACAGAACUUUUCGUUCUGCAUAAUGAAUGUGUGUUUCUUCCUCUCUUAUUGACCAACAUGUUGCUGGAAACCUGUGAACUCAGAAAUUCCAGGACAUUUCCAUGCUGGGGAACAACUUUCUUGUAAGUCAUGUGACAUUCACAGUGCAUAGCUAAACUUAGGAGGAGCCUAGUAGAAAAAAAACCUUAUCUAGGGAAAGCUCUCCUCUGGCCUGAGGCUUAACUGUCUCUGAGCUGGUAAGAUUAGCCCUGCUACAGUUGAAAAAAUUGUUCCUUCUCCAAACAAGUUUGCUUGCCUGAUCUGAGAGGCCUCUAGAACUCCAAGAACUUGUAUCAGUUUUUGAAGCCAGGAAAUAACAAAGUCUGAAAAUCUGAAUGUUAGAUAUGGGAGAUUGAUUGCAGGAUGAGGGUAAAUGUCUUCUGGCAAAUUGCAGGUACUAUUUAUUGGAAAUUAGCUUGUAUAGGAAGGUCACUUGCUGUGCAAAUAUCUGUAUUUCUAACAAACUCUGAAGGACUUCUUAUGCUGGCUCAUUUGCAGGUUAGUUAUUUGUGUGUGCUGAUUAGGAAAGACCCUGGACCUGUUAAUAAAUUGUCCUUUUAUGUAAGCACAGUGUUUCACUUUAUGUGGGGUUUGUAGUGAGGUUAAUUCUUUGGGUGUGUGAUUUGUUUGUUUUCUGACAUUGUGUAUUUUUAUUCCUAAUACACAGUGAAAUACACUUGGCAAACAGAAACCAAGAUUUGUAUAGCAAACAAUGACUCAAAAUACCUACAGAGAAGUCAGGAAGGGUGUUAGAGUUACAGCAAUAUACAGAAAGCUGCUGUUGCAGCUAUCAGCAGUGAAUGUGAUCCUUGACUAUUAAUAGAAGCAGGGAGGUUAUCUUGCUUGAAUCCUGCGUUCUGUUUCUGGUGCCUGUACUUGAAGAUGUGCAACAAAGUAUUUGGAAAGUACUUCUAUGAUGCAGACCCAAGUUAAAUCUCCUUAGUGUUUCUCAAUAAACAAAACAGUCGCUUCAUCACUACGCGUAGCUGCACCCUGAUAAUGGAAGACAAUUCAGAUCCGUUUCACUUAUUGGCAAAAGAAAGAAAAUAUUCAGUGGCUAGACAUUGGUCUUGAGGCAGCUGCUAAGAAUACAAACAACAGAAAGGCUUAUGCAGAAAGCUGUGUCGUGAUCUGGUCCUAAUCAUUAAGAUAUGCUUUCAUCUAGCUUUGAUAAAUUGUUGGGCUGGGGAAGGGUGGAGGUGAUUGAAUUAAAAUGACUGGAGGUAUUGAUAAAAUGUGCAGUUCUGCAUUAAGACAAUAGUUACUGGUGCUUAGGCUCUAUAAUUUGACUUGACUUCUCCAUGGGUGAUGUAGCCAGUUACUCUCUGAAGUACUUACUACUCACAUUCUUGUGAACAUGUGCUCAGGCAUACCAGAAAGUGUCAUUUCUAGAUUCCUGGCUAAUCCCUUGCUCAAGGCAAUGUGGAGCUCAACACAGAGUGAGGAAGGAAUUUCCCCUGUCAGAUUCUAACUUCCUCUGGAAUUCAAAGUGUAAUCUCCUGCUAAGGUCGUUCAAGUGUGUUUCAUAAGUGAUUCCCUGGAGUUGCACUCAUCAUGGGUAUUCAUGGCAUCUUAGACUUCCUUUCCUGUUUCUGUUUCCUUGGAUAUGCCCUCAUUUUACCUGAGUACUGAAAUGCCUUAAUUUAGCUAAGUUUUUUAUUACUUGAUAAUGGAUGUAUGUAUAUAUUUGACUUUAACCCUUUGAAACUGUGCAGGAAUUGGACAGGUCUAGAAGCGUAUUCAAUAUUUCUUUAAACAUACACAUAAACUUAAAGAAUUAUUUUAUUUAGUGAUGUCACAACUUUAGUUAAAAAACAUAGACCAGUCUGUUGAAAUAAUUUAUAGAAUGAAUUAUAUUGAAUUCCUAAAAUAUCCUUUGAAUAAUAUUCAAUGUGUAUGCGUAUAGAGAAAGAGAGAUCUCAUGCAAGAGGUCGUACUGUCUCAUACUUCUUCCACAGUAUGGAAGCAUCUUGCCUUCAAAGUAGCUACAUUUCUUUUCUGGCUGUUGUGUUUCUGUUCACCUACAGUGCUUUGCUGUCUCCUUGGUUAGCAUAUUUACACGUGUCCUUUUAAUUCUUGCCAGCAUCUUCUCUGAACAAUCUGUUCGUUUUUGUGCAGGUGUAUUCAGGUAUCUGCACUGUGCAGACCAAGAAGAGAUGGGGAAAAUCGAGGGUAGAGGGGGGAACCUAGGAACCCUGCCAGCUCUCAAAGCAGUUCUGAGUGGAACCCAAGAACUGGUAGUUCUUUCUGCUUGACUGCUGUUACUCUGUGUCCAGCACUGCUGGAGCUGCUCUUGCCUCACACAUGUAGAUGCCUUCGAGGACACAACCUUAAAUGCUAAGGAAAAAGGGGCUUAUCCAGAACCUUGGCUUAUUGAUCUCCCCAAGCAGAGCAUGAUAGAGACAAAAGCACUUCUUGAAAUCAAAGGAAAACCAAGUAUUAUAUUGCUUUUCUUACAAGGCACAUUAUGGAGUAUCGCAGUUACCUUCUCCCCAUGUGGAUUUUUAAGCCAGGUGCUGCUUUGCGUUACCAGGAAACAAGCCUAUCUUAGUGGUGACCCUAGAUAGUUCAUGGGUUGUUUGCGCUCCGAGGGACGCCUCUCUGACAAACAGCAGCUGCUCAAAUUCACUGCUGAAAUCACAGAUUGUGUGUAUUUCAGUGAGCACUCAUCCCACUUCUGCACACUUUGGAAGGUUGCUCUGUUCUGCUGACAGCCAGCUGAGGAAGUAUUGUCUUGGUGUUCUCAUUUGCUUUUAGGAUAAAGUCUUUACCUCUUGCUUGCCCACCUCAAAGCAAUGCUAUCAAAAUUAAGGGCAGCUUGGCUGUAUGUUAGUGAAGUUUACACUUAGCCUCAGCCUCCUGAUCCAAGGAUCUUAGCCAAGGUAAGAGCAGUGUUCAGACUUUUGAGAGGAAAAACUUUCUGAGAUUAGAAAGAGCCUGUGACAAUGUCUUAAACACUUUAAUCUACUGGAUACCUAAAUAGAAAAAGCUGAUUUUUCUUUUUUGUGAUUUUUCUUUUCAGUGCUAAACAAGUGACCCAGUAGAGCAGACAAAGAGAUACUGAAGCUCUUUUAUUGUAUAGAUAUAUAACGUGGGCCAGAGCCAUUUCACAGACUUGAAAAACAUCCCUUCCUUCUUUUUCAAUAGAUAGGGAACAUUCACAUUCCCUCAGAUUUGAGUGUGGAGUUCUCAAGAAGUCUUUUAAAACUGUGAUUAAUAAAAGCAGUUGUUUUGAAGGUCUUUUUAACGGGUAUCAAUGGUGACUACAAAGCUCCAAAGAAGACAGGAUAAAAUAAGAGACUCAUUUAGGUUGACUGAUUUAAAAUACCUUUGUUUAACAGUUUAAGUAUGUGGCUUGUUGGCAAUCCAUUUUAUGGAGCCCUUCCUUGCUUCCUAGAAGCACUAAAUUUAGGAAUGCAGUUAAUGUGAAAUUAAGAGGCUUAACACACAGCUUCUAACUACAGGACAAAACCAAGGAGUAGCAGCUGAGCUAGAAGAGACUGUGAUAAAUAUAAACUGAAUGGUAUGUGGAUGGAUGGACUCUGCCAAAGAUGGUAGGUGAAUCCUCAGGGUAGAGUUUCAUGCUUCACUUAACACAGUCUAGGUGUGUGGCAUUGCUGAAAGGGACUCUCUUGUGCUUAUUCCCGACUCCAUCUUUGCUCUUUGGAUCAGAUCACAAGUUUAUCCAGUUAAAACAGUUCCAUUUGUCUAGGGUGUUUUUUCAGCUGAAUCACCAGGUUUGUCUUGACUGACUGUAAAGCAACUUGACCAACGAAAUCAGUAUAAGAAAGGCACUGGGUAAGACGUAUGGUGUAUCCCAGAGGUAAUAAUCAACUGUUGGACCGACUGACCCUACAUCUGCUGUGUAUUUCCAUAUUUAACACGAAUCUGGAGGCAACAAUCUGUUCACGUACAUCUGAACUGUGGCAUUUCUGCAUGGCCAGCUCGGGAGGGCAGGGAUCACUGCAGUGGUUACCAGCCAGCUGUCCAGCCUUCCUGUCUGCUGCGAGUCGCCACCCACGAGGGAGGUGACAGAAGGGAAGGAAUGCCCUUGUGGAGCUGUGGCUGAGGCCAAGCCUGUGGUGUCAGUCUCUGCUCUGAGUAGGUGAGGGGUGCUUGAAUACCUCCUGAUUUGCCAGCAGUGCAUGUGGGCAGCAGCUGGCAAUUGGGAGCGAUGACGGCUGUCCAACUUAUCUUGUUUCACAAAAUCCUGAAGCGUGCAGAUGUCAAGGUUCUGAUUUCAGGUAUUUUAAUUUUUCCUACGUGAACAUAGUGUUAUUCCUACGUGAACACUUGGAAAUUUUGGCUAAAGCUAGGCUUUUAUCACUUAGCCUUCAAUACACUGGCACUAGUUUCAUGGGUACAUAUUUGCAGAAACUGGUCUGUGCAAAUGACAAUGUCCAAACUAGAUCAUUGAGUAGAGUGGAAAAGCAGCAUGGAUGGACACCUCUCAGAGCUAGUCAUCCACUUCAGAGAUACAGGAAAUUCAGGAGUUGUAAUAAUUGACAAAAAAUGUUGUAUGACCUCUUCAGAAGGUCUUUCCCUCAUUUAAUGAGGGAGGUACAAAAGCAAUUAUAAUUAAUUAUGCUAAUUAUUGCAACUCAUUAGUGAAGUUGUUGCUCUGACAUGUUUUUUCCUAAGCAGUAAACUGAUCCUGCCUGCAAUGUACAAACUCUUAUAGUGUGUUUCCUUUGUGUCUCUCUGUCACCAGUAGUGAAUUGAUAUGCAUUUUCACUCUUGCAGAGGUAAAAGUUUGCCUGACAGUCUUCUGUGCCCCGGUAGAGAGACACAGAACCUUUCCUUCUUUCUCCUGUUGUAAGGGUUUGCAUGUUAGUGUGGACAAAGUCUUUGUGAAUUGGGUAGGAAUUUCUGAGAGCAUUAAUUCUAAAUGCAUCUGGGUAGUACAACCCACAUAAUAGAUCCCCUGGAGAGGUUUGUAUUUCUGUUAGCCUGAGUAAAUUAGGUUAAGAACAAAAAUAUGCGCUGAUUUUCAUUUUUAGAGGGAGUAGGGCAGUACAGGAGAACCAUAAGAAUAGCUUGAAGGCUGUAUGUUUAGUUCUAUUUCUGAUAUUUCAGCCUGACUGUAAAAAGAGCACUUAGUUGUUGUGUUGGUUUUCCUUUUUAAAACAAAACAAAAACAGGUAACAACAACAAGCUUCAAAACCCUAAUUCCUUAUGCUUUCAGAGUUUUAGGAAUUCACUGGUCCUAUAAAAAAAAUAUUGUGCUGUUUUGUGGAGAGAUAUUUUUUCUUUUUGUAUAGGAAAAAGGAGGACACAACACAUGACUCUUGACUGUGCUGCAAUGCCUCCAGUAGUUCAGCUUGGCAAGAUAACAAAACCAGAUCAGAACUUAGAUGGCAAUUAAUGCUUUUGAGGGAAAAAAAAUAAAAUGUCAUGCUGAUUAAUCGAUCUUUUAAAACAAACAAACAAACAAAAAAAGCCCAACAAAACUUUUCUCAACAAAAACCAGUAUUGCAGAUCAGGUACUCAUGUUCAGGUCUGUCCCUUAAUGAUUGAAUGUACUAAAUGGCAGAUGGGAAUGUUGAUGAUUCACUGAAUAUAUUUAUGUAUAUAUUAAACACUACCUCACCAGAAAACAGCUUACCAAGAGGGUUAUGGAAUUUAAAAUUUGUUUUCAGUGGAGCCCGUUCUGUAGUACAAAUACAGUGAGCUCCUCCUGUGAAAAGACAGAUGGGAGAGCCCUCUGUGGUGCCCUGCUUAAUCACCUCAAAUGUGCCUUUCUGCAUCCCUUGGGCUUUGUGCUUUCUGGGCACUGCCCUUACAGUCAUGGCUAAUAACAGCAUUUGCACAGGCUGUCCUGAUUUCAGACAUCUACUGCCAAGUCAGCCACUGUUUACCUGUGAUGUAGUUUUUCUGAUUCAUGAGUUCUCACCUAUGUCUGACCACUUACCUCCUGCUGGCAGAGAUGAAAAUAUUCUUUGCUGUGAAAAACUGCUGGGAGAUUGACAUCCUCUUCCUGCUGUAAAUCUUUGACCACUUCCAGCAGGUCCAAGGCAGCCCAGGGAGAAGUUGGCAUUGACUACCUCAAAUACUCUGCUGUGCAGUCUGAAUAAAUUUGAAAAAUGCCACUUUUAAUCUCUUGAGCUUUUACUUUCAGCUGCUUCUCUACAGUCAUGAUAGCCAUAAAUCAUGUUUAGCAUAAUCUCAUUCCUCAUUUUUAUUUCUAGUACUUGACUCCAGGAAGUGUGGCUUAAAAAAAAUAAAUUAAAGAACCAAAUGUUCAGUAAAAUAUGUCCUUCCAAAAAAAAUUGUCCUUUCAAUAAUAUUGUUAGACAAUUCAAUUAGCUUUGAUUUGGACUUUAAAUACCCAGUCUUGGUGGACUGUGCCUGACGUAUUUGGCCAUUCAAGGAGUAAAGGAACAGCAGCAUAGGAACUCAACAGAAGAUUUACAAGCCAAGUGUCCACUUAACCUGUGGGUGGGAGUUGGGCAGCACUUGUGUGACUUGCAAGUUGACAAAAGUUAAUGGCAAGUUAGUGAUUUAAAAAUGUAUCACUGUAAUUAUCACUUGUUUUAUUUCCUCAUCUCCACCCUUUGGAAGUGGGAAAAAAAAAUCAGCAUCCUCUGAUUGUGUUCACAGAAAUUAUUACAAAUAAUAAAGUUUCUUAUUUAGUAAACUACAGUAUAGCAAUAUUGAGAUGACUGGGAAUAAAAACAUAAUUGAUUUUGUCUUCUACCUUUACUUCAGGAAAGACUCUUGAGUAGUGUUCUAAAGAAGCUGUGGAGCCUGGGUUAGUCAUAGGAGUUUACCUGUUUGAGCAGUGAUUCAUUUGUACCUGCUCUUAGUUCCAGCUGUGCUGUUGGUAAUGAAAAAUUGACGGCUGAAAUUACAGGAGAGAAGUAGAAAGGCCUUUGUCCAGCAAGAGAGCAGCAGUGCUGCCUGAGACAUAAUUUAUUCACCAGUGAUUUGGUUACUCAACAGUCUACAUGGAUUCAUAAGCCAUUCAGGAAUCAGAUUUCUAAGCAGAAUGUGGACAGAAGUUUCCUUUAACGUAGGACAAAUGCCCUUAAGACUGUACUAAGGUUGACACAGGGCACAGUAUCUCUGCCAUGGUUCUGUAUUGGACUUCUGGUACAUAAUUCAUGCUCAGCAGAGGCAGUUGAGACCAUGACUCAUUUGUGCCUCUCUAAAAUAUUAAACUUUCAGACCACUUCAAUUCCAAGCCUGGCAAGAUACACAACCUGAUACAGUAAAAUAUUUAUCUGUGUUGUCCAGACAAUGGCAAAAGAAUCUAGUAAUUGCAAAGGAUGCUACUUGUGAUUAAUGUCAUUAUUUAAUUAUUUUACUUAUUAUUUAAAUAUUCUACUCUACCUAGGAGUAGAAGGGACUGCAGUUGCAUGGGCAUUCUACUUACUAAAGUAUGUUGGAAAUGCAUGAAAGUUUUGUAUCUUUUCUUCAAGAAUUUAGGCCUUUAAAGUAUCUGUGCAUGUAUAAGCAACUGACACUCUGAAGGGGGAUGAAAGAAAAGAGAAACUGGACAAACUUAUACUUCUGUAAUAGCAAAGAUUAAAGAUGAAUUCUAAAAGAGAAUUUGAGAAGGGCCUUGAAGUAUUUGAGUUUUGGUGGGGGGGUAAAUAUUAACCAUGCAUUUCAUAAAAGCACUCAAAUAGCACGUUAAGUAAUGAAACUACUGAUUAAAGACUAAUUUAAAUGUUCUUGAUGAUCGAGUCUAAUUUAACAGAAUUUGUUCUUCUGAAUUGCUAAAACUAGAACCUUGUCCGUAAGCAUUCUUUUUAAUCUAGCUGGUAGUAAUAGCUGGAAUUUAAAUGCUUCUGUGCUUGUUUGUGUGUUACUUUCUUUAAUGGCAAAUCCAAUAGCAUUGUAUCACAGAUUCAAAAUUUGGUUUUCUUGCAUUUACAUAGGCAGCUCUGUUGAACUCUGUUUGCAGACAACGGAUGUACUUAGGAGUGGACUUAGCCUGGAACUGAAUGCAUGCAAAUGGCUCUAUAUGUGAAACUCUAGACUGCACUGAAAAAUCUGAGUAUUCCAGCUCAUGUUUCCCUGCAUAAUGAACUCUCUGACCAGUAUGAUCAGAUGAUACAAAAAGUCAUCUUUGGUGUAUACACAAUACCUAGGUUCAGAUGAACUGUUUUUAAUGAGUAAUUCAUAUUGUUUAUCUUGUACAUUCAUUUCUAUCCUUUCAUUAUGCAUUUGCAUACAUUGUGAUGGCCUUUUGUAGAAACACGGCAGGAUUUUUGUAACAGUUCAACUGAAAUUCAAUGUGGACUAGAUCAACUGUUAAGAGGCUUGGUAGGAUCUCAGCAACACAGCUCACAGGGUAAAGAGCUUUUGUGAACAAGGGUACAGAGAGUUUUUCUGUGGUACUCAACACUUUUUCUAUUGGAGCAGACUAUUAAUCCGUUGUAUUUUGUACAGUUAUUUCAUUUGUCAUCUGUUUUUAAAGAUGGCGACCAGAGACAGUGUGAGGUUUUGGCAUCUGCUGAUCUCUGAGCUACAGGAUUGCAAGACUCAAGUUGCAAGUCAAUGUUUUUUAUCUUUUUGUUUUGAUCAUAAAGUCAAGGAGUGGUGUUUUCCAAGGCCUCUGGCAAAUACUGGUGAAGAAUGACCGCUUCUGGGUGUGUUGGCUACAGCAGUGAUUUGUGAAUCUUCCUGACUUCCUGCAAUGGUCUAAACUUCUUCAGAGUGUAUUAUUUAGUGUGUUUGAGCAACCUUAUGUGAACACUUUGUUAACUUUUUUUCCCAGCAAUCUACUGCCUUCAUUCUGCAAAUUCACAAGUGGAUUCUACUCAGUUGUGUCAUCAUUCAGCUGCUAACUUGCACCUUUUCAUCCAUCUCCUUGAGACAUAAUCCAUAGUUUCUAACGGGUUGUCCUGCACAUCCAGUCCUUCCAAGUAUACCUAGUGAUUCUUUCUGUAGUUCACUUAAGUUAUCUCUACAAAAGUUGUGGUACUUAGGAGUUUAUGUCAGAGAGAAGGAGGAGCAGAAUGAGCUACAAAAUCCUGUGGCUAUGUGUGGAGGGGCAGCAGCAAGGAUCACCCUCGUUGCUUUACAGUCACUGACAGCCUCUGCCUGACCAGUCUGUGUUAGGGCUGCUCUCUUCCUUGCUCACAUUUCACUGGGAAAAUUUAGUGCCCAGGAGCAAGUGUUAAGGUGCUUUGGCAGCAUAAUGAAGAGCAGAGAUUCCUCACCUGGAAUGUAAGCCUUUCUGCUAUAGAUUUGGACACGUGUAAUUUAUGUUUGCUUGCAGUCCUAGAUACUGCUGCUGCUGUCCAGGAGAGUGGAGCCCAGGGUAUGUUUUUGUGGACUCAUCAAAUGGCUGAUGUUGGUUUGGGUUGGUUGGUUGGGAGUGUUGUUUGUUUGUUUGUUUCUUAAUGUAUACCACAUCCUUAGGGAGGAGAUGAUCAGUAUUUAAGGAAUGUAACUACUCCUAUACUACCUCCACUUGGAGACAGAAGUUACCACAAUGAGUGCGUGUUGCAGGGAGUGGAAUGUGCAAUAUAAUUUACAUAGUCCAAAUUACUGGCCUCCACCCCAAUUUGAGACAGCAAUAGCUGAUGUGGAACUGGAAGGUGUCAAGCCCAUGCUCCCACUACUCCCUCCCUUCAGGGAAGGAAAGAGUUUAUCACUGGGCAUGGUAGAUACUCCUGCAGAUGCUUGUGUCCAAGACCUUGCCCUGGCUAGGGUUGCUGUCUACUAGGUUGUCAUCUGGUAAUCUCAGGCACCAAAAUAGUCUGGAAUUAUAGUACCACCCCAUGGUAUGUCCUGUUUCUUCACCAAUCAAGCUUGAGAAUCCUUAUUAACAUGUUGUAACAAGUCCAACAUAAUUUGUUCUUCAAUUGUUGGUAGAUUUUAUUUUUGUGUUCAUCUCAUCUUCAGUAGCUUUGCUUUAGUAAGGGUCUAACUCCAGUCAUCACUGAGUAUUAACAAUGGAAAAGAGGAUGUGAAGGUGGUUUUGGGAGGCAAGUUUCCCUGCAAUAUACAAGUACAGAAAAAGAACAUUGAAUAGUAGGUUAAAUACUUAAUCCUACACUCUGCUGUGUCUAGCUAUUUUUCCAGCAUAUUAUUGCUUUGAUCCAUACUUAUAGCUUGCCAAUCAAGACACAUUUUAUGACAAGAUAACAUUUUACAUUCUGGCUGUGGCUGGAACUUUCUGCUUCUCUGUAAAUUUUUGGCCUAAAAGAUUUGAAUUAAUGUCUUCUCUUUAGACAGAUGCUGCCAUUUAGAAGUGUUAUCUAAAAGACAUGCUAUUAAUUCUUGACCUCAAUUAAGUCAGUACAAAAUUCUCACAGCUGAGUGUGAUAAGCAGUUAUGGUUCUAUGAUACUGAAUUUGCUGUGAUGUAUCAUUUUAUUCAGCAUUAACACAAGGCACAUCUUGCUUGAUAAUUUUUCAGAACCUUAGCACAUCAGCCCGUUUUCUCUUCUCUCUCCUCCCCCUGCCCAAAAUCUAAUUAUAGUGGCUUCCACUGCUGUCUCUCAGUCUUGACAAUUAUAAGUAGAAGCAAGCAGAAAGACCUGAGUUAUACCAAUAACCAGACUUUAUUUAUCAGUCUCAAAACUGCAUUUAAUAAUGCUUUUUAACCCUCAAAGCUGGGGAUGGAUCCCCAUCUGAACAACAUGAUGAGUGUCCUGGGAUAAGUAUGCUGCAGGUGCUGUGUCCUGCUCAAGGAGGCCAUCAGACCAGGUUGUGCUCUUCUGCCUCCUCCUGCUCUGAGCUCUUCUGGCUCCAGCUUCCAUUUGAAACCUUGAGGCUGUAGACUGGAGAGGGGAAAGCUGGGACCUUAGUGAAACCGUUCCAUUUGAGACAGCAUGAGGCACUAUGCAUAAAACACUGGUGGGUUGAUGAGCUACAGCUUGGGCCAAAUGGGAUCAACAAGGUGAGGGAGAUGUAUCCAGAGGAGCUCAGUCAAACUGGAACUACUGAGGGCACAGUAUUUGUACAGGGAGAAAAAGGGAUAAUAGUUUUGCAGAUGUUUGAAAGGGGGAUUAUUUUCCACUUGCAUCACUUACGUUUAAUAAAGAGCAUCUCUGUUGUGAUUUUACAGGUUUUAAUAUUUUUUUUUCUAAAUACUUAGUAGAUUAAUAAAUCUAAGCAAAAAUAGCACUACUGUUAUAUCUAUCAUUUCAAAACCUUAGUUUUGUUUCCUUCUGCCUUUUUGAAAUGAGACCUAGGCUAAGCAAAUCAAACUAUGUAAUCCCUUGUGGUCUGGCUGGAUUCAUCUGUGCCAUUAGGACUGCUUUUCUUAGCCACAGUUAACAAUGGUGUAAUGGAUUUUAUAACAUUUUAUUAAGUUGAAAUGCAUCAAUAGCACUAAUGAUAAACAAUUGUGGUAUUUUAGGAAGAACAAUUUCCAGCACUUACUGCACAUGCCAACCUAUGGAGUUUUGGGGGAACGCUUGACUCUGUGGCGUGAAAAUAUGGAGUAUUUGUCCUUUACAAACAUGUUUGUGCUGUGGCACAGACUUAAGGAAACUGAUCUUGGAUGUCUGUGGUAAGAAGUAUGUAACAGCACUACUUUCAUAUCUAGAUAAAAGUUCCUGAUGACGACUGUUGGCUAGUGUAAAUCAGGUUGAAGUGGCCUAGCUGGGAGUUGCUGUGGGGAAGAUGGGAAGGGGUUUUAAUGUUGAUGCCAAUCAUAUGACAUGGCAGAUGUAAUACUGCCUCCUCCCUUCCUCUCCCUCUGAUGCACAUUGGGGCUGUUCCUGGCUUAGGAUGAUAAACUUAAUAUGAAACUCCAACUGAGAUGUAUAAGGGUUUUCUGGAAUCCAAUCUUCUCCUACCUUGACUGAAAAAAAAAGGCUUUGUGGUGACCGAAUUGUGGCCUUUCAGCACCUGAAGGGAGUCUAUGAGAAAGACUGAGAGGGACUUUUUACAAGGGCAUGUAAUGGUAGAACAAGGGGGAAUGGCUUCAAAUUGAAAGAGAGUAGAUUAGAUAUUAGGAAGAAAUUUGUUACUGUAAGAGUGGUGAGACACUGGAACAGGUUGCUCAGAGAAGUUCUGGAUGCCCCAUCCCUGGAAGUGUUCAAGGCCAGGUUGGAUGGGGCUUUGAGCAAGCUGGUCUAGUGGAAAGUUCCCUGACCAGGGCAGGGGAGUUGGAACUAAAUGAUCUUCCAGUCCAAGCCAUUCUGUGAUCUUUGUCUCUGGAAAGAAAAAAAGAAAAAAAAAGUAGGAUACCUUUUAAUGCAUAACUGAUAGUGUUAUCUACCUUAAUUAAUGAUUACUCAUUAGCCAGUGCCAACAGUAGCUUUAACUGAACUUUUCCCAAAGGAAUGAUUAAUUGCUGUUAACACUGGACAUCAGUAUUCUACAUUCAGCAGGGACAGCAAUAGUGUUUUUCAGCCAGGUAGUGAGACUGCAGAGGAUGUGGGCAGUCUAAAUGCAAAUUAUGGUGUAACUUCUCCUUUUGGAUUUCCCAGCUUUGCAUUAUUUCUUCAGUCAGCUUGAGCUUGUGCAAAAACUGCAUAACCAACUUGCAACAUGGAUGUAUUCGUGACCUUCUUGUGGUAACCAAGUUAAACAUAGUCUUGAGGAAGCUCAGCAAACAGUUGCAAAGCUGCACAUGGUGUCAUAAGACAAGGAGGUUGCAUGCUGUGCUAAACUGGGGCAGGGAAGAUGAGUUUUUUAAUAGACCUCUGUCUUGAUCGAAUUUCAAUGAUGGUAUUUAUUUUACAAUAUUUACUUCCUGGAAAUGUACAGUGGACCUUGGAUCAGACCUGAAUAGUUUGCCCCAAGUUCUUCAGUCAGCUCAAAAGGGAUGGACCUUUGCACUUUGCACAGUGCUGUUUGAAGUCACUGGAAUUCAGCGCAUGGACAAAUAGACUCCCCUACAAAAGCAGCUGUUUUUGUUACACUGGACUCUUUACUUUCUUUUUCAACUAGACAAAACACCACUUUCCUGAAACAUCAAAAUUAAUUUUAGAUUGCAGUGAUAUAGAAUUCAACAAACACAAGAAGGAUAAAGUAGUCUGAAUACCUCUUUAAUUUUGUAACAAGCUGUUCACUAGGGAUUUAAGUGUGAGAAUCAUCUUAAUAACAGUGAUAAGUAUUUAUUUAGGGUUUGAUCUACAAACAUUGACUUGAUGUUAAGAGUUUACCAAAACCCAAGUAGGUCAGUCUGGUAAAUGUUGACUUGAAAUAACCUUGAAUGAGUUUGAAGAAAAUAGGAGCUUCAUCUGAUGACUGACCACACAACAUAUGAUCUUUAUGACCAGGACCAUACAGUGUAGUGCUUAAUUUGCCAGUACAGAUGGAGGAAAAAAAAAAUAGAGAUAAAUUCAGGGCAGUCAAGUUCUUACCUUUUUUUUUUUAAUGGCUAAUCGUAAAACUGUGAUAGCUAGAAAAUUAUAGGAGUCCCAUCUGCCUAAACACAGGUUGGCUUCAUCUUUGUGUUUGUACCAUGCUUCCUUAAGCAAGCUUUAUGGGCUUAUAAGAAUCUCACAAAGUGCAAACUUAUAUAUAAUCAGGGUAUCAUCAUUGCCUGAAGUAAUAUGAGCCUGUAAAUGUGAUUGAACUAAAUCAGUGUCAUGGAUAAAAGAUUUCAUAACCAAGCUGACACAGAGCUUAAAGAUUAAAUAAGUAGUUGGAGUAACUCUGGAGCUCCUUUUUUUUCCGAAAAACCCAAACAACUAAACCAAACAAGCCCCACACAAAUCAAAAGCAAACACUCAGCUCAAACUUAGCUUGGUGACAGUAGUGUCAAUGGGUGAAAAACACCCAUAUAACUGAGAUAAGAACUCAGCUUUGCUGUGCUCUACUCAAGCGGCCCUUUGAUUGGCACACACAGUAUGGCAGAAGCACAUCACGUACAGUAGCAAAUGAAAGUGUUGCUUGCUGGCCAUCUGGUUGCAUCGUGGUGUAUCUGUUACCCAUCUUCAAUAAGUGGUCUCUGUCUAAAAGUCUUCAGUUUAGUUUCAGUGAGAAAUCAAACACCUCAAAACAUCUGAAUUAUUCAGCUCACAGUUACAUGCGUUGAUAUGGAAACUUUAUUAUGGCAUUGUAGUAACAGGAACAACAGUGGUUUUCCUGUAGGGAGAUAUAUGUAUUUGUUUACUGCAAAAUUGAGGGUCACAUGAAAAAUAUCACAAACCUGAGGCUCAAGGCAAUGUUCCUCUAUAGUUAAUGUUAGGUUCUUUCUUAUCUUAUACCCUUAGGAACAUUGUAGCAAGAAAAGUCAAGUUAACUUCUGCCUCUUUAAGUAGAUCGAAAUAUCUUUUGAGGGGAUUUGCUGUUUAAAACCUAACUUUUCUUUUGAGAGCUAACCUCUCUUGUUUUUAAGAUUAUAUUGAUUUAGACUACUGUGAAAUACCUUACAAGUAACCUUACCAGGUCUGCAUAUGAGUUACAGAACAUGUAGCUGGAACAAGAAGGCUUAUAUUCCUGAUAUGCUAGACCAAAAGCAACCCAAAAAAUUAUGAGGAAUACAUCUUAUGUAAAACAGACUGAGAUAGAAAAUCCAAAAAUGCCAUUGUGUAAAGGUUAGCAAGCUCUGCCUAAGUGGAAAAUUAUGAAAUUUGCAUAUAGGUGGUAGAAGAAAGGGAGAGAUGGUUACAUCUGCCUCACCUUCUUGACUAACUGGGAAAUUGUUCAAAUGUGAUGUAUUCUGGUCUUUGUCUUUCUAACAAAUGGUGAAGUUCAUGAACAAAGAUGAGUGUGCUGUUCUAAAGUAGCUCCAAACUCCCUUCAUUUGGUCUUUUUAUGUUGUAGAAAUAAUAAGUACAUUCAGACAUUAAUCUAUACAAUUUCUUUUGGGAGAUCAGGAUAGCCUCCACUUAAGCAUCAUAUGGCCUGGUCCCCUUCUGUAGCCUUAAACUUAACAGAUACUGGUUAUCACACUGCUUUUGUGCCAUAAAGGAAAUAAAUAUAUCAAAAAAAUAAUUAAAAACAAGCCCUUGACGAAUCAUAAAUAACAGAGUACUUCUAGAUUUUAGAACAUAAUCUCCACCUGAAAAAGUUUAUAAAAUAUCACUUUAUAUGUUCCCUACCCAGCAGAUCUAUUUUGACACUUGGACUCAGCAAACAACUGCAGAAUACACGAUAAACAAAAUUAGCUAUCAAAUGGGACAACAAUACAUUCCCAUAGAAAGCGCCCAACUAUGUUGGCCGAUUAAAUUGAGCAGCAGUAAUCCACCAGCUGAGUGCAAUCUGAAGUGCAGAGGAGGGAGAAUGCAGUACAAAUCUUAAGAUUUCUCAAUGUAUAACAAUCCAUUUUGAUGUAGGAUUUACUCAACGGAGUGAUGGGACCAUAGCCAGACCCAGGGUUAGAAGUGAAUGGUCUUCUCUCUUUCCCAGUGUCCUUGAUAACAGAUAACAUGUACACUGGUAUUGAGUAGCUGUAUCUCCUGUGUCAUACGACCCCCUUGGCUGUGGCUUGGCUUGCUCUGAGGGCACCUCAGAAGCUGUGUGCCAAAUUUUAGUUUUUACUUUAUGUUGGACAGAACUUCAGGCAUUACUUUGGAGUUGCCUCACUGGAGCCAGAGUUGGUCUUUUGUCUGUGUCUAACUGUAGAAAAUUCCCUAGGGCAAAAUUACAAAUGCAAUAAUGCCUGGUUGUAAACUGUUUACUUGGUCUCAUUUAGGCUUACAAAAAUUUUGGAAUGAAAUAUUAAAUAGCUAUUUAACAAUCCAACUUGCAUAAUAUUUAAUGUUUCCUGAUUUAAAAAAAACAAACAGCAACAACAACCAAACCACAUUUGGAGUCAAACACUGCUACUUCAAUUCUAUUUUUAUUUACUCAGGAAAAAAUACAUUUUGUUUAGUCUCUCUUACACUAGCAAUAACUUUUUGUUUAUUUGUUUGUGUGUUUAUAUAGAUUGUUUGUUUAAAACCAGAAAAAUAUUUGUUUUUUGCCACCUUUUCCUAGAGAAAAAAAAUGGCCCUAAAACAACUCAAGACCUUAACUUGGCAUCCUUCAGUCUUGUUCAAAUGAACACUAUCUGAGAUUGGACUCAAGUUAGUAGAAGGGCAAGAAAAGUUUGCAUUUAUCAUAAGCCUGAAAUUUUUGGUCACACUUGUGGCCUUUUCUUUGGGGCCUAUAAUUUUUUUUAAUGUGAAAAAACUUAGCCUCUCUUCCAGGAGUUUAAAAUAUUAGAGAAAAUGAGCAAAAGUGAUAACUCUGUAUGCUAGAGCCAUGGGAACUAGUAAGGCUGACUUGUCUGCAGCUGGCUGAUCUUGGGAAAGAGAUCUGGAGCGGAGAGCAAGGGAAGGGAGCUUGUCAGAGGGCUGAGAUUCAGUGUCAGGUCAGUUAAAGCCUUUUUACACAAAUACAGGAAUGUGAUAAGUGUUGAAGUCAAUGCCUUUUUAAUAUCUUCUUCGUAUCACCCAGAAGUGUCCUUAUAAGAAUUAAAAUGCAAACAAAAGCAUCUUUGACCAAAAGGUUAAAUAGUCUGAUAACAUUUACUUCCAAGAGAGAAAUGAGAAAAGGAAAGUGGCCUGGGUUUCACAUUUUGUGUGUGAUAAAUGGAUGUGAGUCUUCAAAAGGAAUAUGCAUCUGAAAGAUUACUGAAAAUAGAUCUUUUAAAAAUCGUCCUCUACUGUGGAUGACUGAGAAAGAACAUGAGAUCAGCUUGCCACUUAAGAUCAAGGGUCUUUGACAAGCAUAGUUCCUCCUGAGGUACAGCUGGUAGAGAUGGAGUGACUGACACUGUCCUUUAAAUUUAAGAAUUUACUUGGAGAAUGGAUGUGAUUUUGCCUCUCAUACAGACUACAUGGUGGAAGCUGCUGUUACGGAAUAUUUUGGAAGGUUUCACUGUUCUUAUGAAAAUGCUUAAUGUUCUGAAGGACAGUAAUGCAAAAAUCCUCCACACCAGAGUAUUUGACACUGUAAAGCAGCUCAGAAUUGAAGGUUAAAUGUAGUAAUUUUUUUCCAGGUCCUAAACCUUCCUCCCUUUUGUAUUGUGUUUUGUUUUUCUUAUCUUUUUUUCCCCCUUUAUUUAUUGCAGACUAUAGAAAACAUAGUUUCUUGGUGCUUCUUUAAAUUGUUAUUUUUCCAAGUCCAAUGUAACUACUUAAUUCACUUGAGAUGCCUUCUGGAUUUAUGCACCCUUGAGUAUAUUCCCUAUUUCAUGUUAAGCCUCUUCCAACAGUCUUUGUUCUGCAGAUGUUCCCAUCUUUGUCGUUCUUCUUGGCAGUUUUGUCUACUUUCAUCUUUUCUGUAAUUUUAUUUAUUUUUUAAUAAAAUUUUAUGAAAUUCU